UGAAUUAUUCAACUAUAUACUGUAUACAGGCCUACCACAAAUUCUUAAUUUUUGUAGGCCUAUCUAAGAUUUUUGUGUGUUUUUAGAGAUCUUACAGAAUUGGUUCAGUUCCUUUACACUCCACUCCACCCCUCACAUGCCUCCUACAGAAAUGGGAAAACAAAAAAUACAAUUAUGCUGUAUUUCUAAAAACAUUAAACAUUGAUAUGACAAUAAGACUUUGGUUUUAUAUGUGCAAGUCUCAAAUCAAAGACAUGAUUUAGCCUAUCAAUGAUAGCCUAAUAGCCUACACAUUGACCUCGACCCUGGCCAAGAGGACUGCAAUGUUACAAGUAAAACAUUUUGUGAUAUUUUAGUUUGUGUAUUUAUUCUGAUUUAUUUUGACUGCAAACAUCAAGAAGAAAUCACAGGACACAGAAAACGGCAAAUUCAUACCCACUGGGACUGGGAUGGAGGGCCACAUUUCUCAGGUUAACAUGGCUUCAGCAAUUGGAAUUCUGCUCGUGGGCAUUUUCACUGUAACUGUCCCAUCAACUGGAGAGUUUGUGACUGUGGAGUGCCAGGGCAGCACUGGUCACUCUGGCCAGUCCUCAACGCUGGGCUGUGUGGUGAAGGCACAACGGGAAUUUCAAAUAAUGCAGGUGUUCUGGAGGAAAGAUGGCGACCUUGUGAUGAAAUUCGAUGGCGGUGUGAAAACAGAGGAUGAUCGAUUUCAGUUGGCAGACACCAACUGGAUGAAAACGAAUGAUGUGUCCUUACUUGUGAAGGACACACACAUCUCAGAUGAGGGCAACUAUUCAUGCAUCGUGGUCACUAACAGGGGGAUAAGUAAAGGAGAUGCCAGAUUAGAUAUAGAUAAAAGAGAUCUCAGCGGUCAAGUAUUUUCUUUUCCAGAGGGAUACGUCAGCUCUCACGUGAGACUAACACCGUUGGUCUCAAAGGCCCUCUCCUCAGCCACUUUCUGCUUCCGCUUUUACACGGAUCAAUUAUCAGACAACAACGUUCUCUUUUCACUAGACAUAACCGGACAGUCUGCUCCUCUCACACUCUCUUGGCAUUUCAGUCAACAACCAGACUAUGAACUGCGCAUUGAGGACAAGUGUCUCUUUUUCUUUGGCUUACAGUACAACCUGAAUAAGUGGAACUCACUAUGUACAACCUGGAAUGGGAGCACUGGGAUGGCUCAGAUGAUCGUCAACAAGACGCCCAGUGUCAGGAAGGUAGCAAAUGCAGGAGGUUCCCUUGGUGCAAACCACAGUGUAAUACUUGGACCAAAUUGGGGGUCGUUCCUGGGACAUAUCACUGAUGUGCAUGUUUGGGACUAUGUCAGCUCACCAUCCGAAAUCCAGGAUUAUAUGGAGAAUGAAUUUGUGAGUUACACUCCUGGUAAUUACCUGAGCUGGAGAUCGUUGGAUUACUCCAUAAAUGGACAUGUGCUGGUUGAGGACAUUAGUACAUUAAAUUCAUGGAAUUAGAGACAGUGUGCACAAUAGGGCCGCACAAUUAUCGUAAUCGCAAUAUGAAUCUACACAACUAUCUAAUCUCAAAAUCUACAAAUAAUCAUCUUAGUCUCACAGUUCGUUUAGUCACAUUUCUGACUUUUUUAUUCAUUUCGUUCUCCUUGACUGUGCCACUUCUAAAUACUGAUUGGUGAGCUUCACAGUCAGUCGGGGGUGCUUUGCUUCUUGUGCCCCGGGCAUGCUCACUAUCAGGAGAUUAGAGAGACAUAUUGCGAUAUUGAAUCAAUUCAUUGACAUUGACAAAUAUCAUAGAAAAUCGCUUUCACAAUAUCUGUCAGACAAAUUGCAAUUAGAUAUUUUCCCCACAUCGUGCAGCCCUAGUGUAGUUCACGCUGAGCAGCUGCUUCAUGUUUCUCAGCAUCAGUCUGUGGCUUAGUGCUCUAUUUCUUUUAUUUUAGUGGCCUACACUGUUCUCUUAAGUUGUUUCGUUUGUUUCUCAAAUCUCAUUAUUCUCAUAUAUAGUCAACAGGCAGGCACUACACUGUAAACUCAAACAGUCAAACUAACUCAUAAUAUUUCAGUAACAGUAACUGUAAGCACUUAUUUAACAUACAUUUUAACACACAUUUAACUGCAUCUAUCCAUCUGCCCAUGACAAAGUUCACUACACAAUACUUGUCACAACAAUGCAUCAGUAUUUUAGAGCAGACUAUACUGCAACAUCCUGAUAAAAAUGUUGGAUUAUGUCAAUGAUCUUGCCAAAUGAUCAUGUGAGCAAAUUACUUCAUCCUGUUGGCUGAAAUCUGUAAUUUAUGUUGUGUGUGUUUAACAGAUCUUGCAGAAUUGUGUUUUAAAUACAGUCAUAGUUGUUGGGCAUUCCAAGACACUGCUAUACAACAACUAUGCCAAUAAAGCUCAUUCGAAUUGAA